AUGAGCACAGAGGAGGGAGAGGCGGGCUCAGCGUGUGGGGAGGCGAGGGCAGACACUAGCAUCAGCCACAGCCACACCUGGGAUGAAGGCGAACCCCGCGGCUCCCAAGGACGUCCCCGCCCCGACGACGAGGACGAGGCAACGCGGGGAGAGGAGGAAGAAGGGGGAGAAGGCUGCAGGGAUGCAUGUGGGGGGAACAAUGGGGGACAUUUUUGCAGUGAGGAUGGGGCGGUCGGGGGCAGAUCGUGCAAGGCACAGGCGAUGCAUUCAAACUGCAGCAGCGAAACCUGCAUCCCCACUCCCAGCUGUCGGAUCUGCUUCCAAGGCGCAGAACAGGGCGACCUGUUGAACCCAUGUCGGUGUGACGGCUCAGUGCGUUACACCCACCAGCAUUGCUUGCUGAAGUGGAUCAGUGAGCGAGGCUGCUGGACCUGCGAGCUCUGCUGCUACCGCUUCCACGUCAUCGCUAUCAACAUGAAGAGGCCGUGGCAGUGGCAGUCCAUCACCAUCACCCUGGUGGAGAAGGUGCAGAUCAUCGCAGUGUUCCUGGGCUCUCUCUUCCUGGUGGCCAGCAUCUCCUGGCUGCUGUGGUCAGCUUUCAGCCCGCAGGCCAUCUGGCAGCGCCGUGACGUCCUCUUCCAGAUCUGCUACGGCAUGUACGGCUUCAUGGACUUGGUCUGCGUAGGCUUGAUUGUCCAUGAGGGGGCAGCAGUGUACAACGUCUUCAUGCGCUGGCGGGCGGUUAACCUCCACUGGGAUGUUCAGAGCUACGACAAGGCAAAGGACAUGGAGGAGACGAGUACCGGCCCUUCCUCACUGUCCCCCAGGACGCUUUGGUUGCCACUGGUCACCUUUGGGCCCAACGGCCCCUUACACCCCACCCAGCUGGGGACGCAGCCAUGGACCUGCCUCUGUUUGUCCCCCUUCUGCCCCCACCUGGUGCCUCGAAACAACCUCAGCCAGGACAGUGACUCAGGAGAGGUUGUUAUUCGUGUAACAUCGGUGUAACAACAGGCAGUAUUUAUGCAGGAACAAACACAUCUGAUAGGUCACACUUGGUGGUAGCUGUGCUUCUCUGGGCAGUUUAUGGUCUCACACACCCUGAUUGUUUUCCUCAUACCAAAAGUUUUCCUAAUGACUUCCAAUUGUUUGUCUGGUCUGGGGCCGGUCCUCAAAACAAUCUCAACACUUAAAUCAACUAACAUGUGGUAUUUUAUUUAUUGCCUUUGUGUUUUAUUUUCUGCAGUUUUUCAGACAGACAUGAACCACCUGUUUUUUUCCCUAAACAUUAUAAAGAAUUCAUGUCAAGUGUGUUAGAAGGCAGUGAUGGGAAAGAUGAUCAGAUUUACAACACACGAGCAUAUUUUCACACAUCUCAU